UUUGAUUUGGAGCAUUUUACCGGGUUUAUGAAAUGCAUAUAAAAACAGUUGAAAAUAAUGACCUUAAUAAGAAUAAUUGAUUGGACGUGUAUUCUUUUGAUAUCGAUAAUAUUUGCCAGCCUAAUUACGUAUUUGUUAGCAAAAUUGCACUUCUAUUUCCGAGGAAAAACGGAUAUAAUUGAAAAAUUAUGUGCAGCAGUCGCAGACAAAAGUAUCUUACAAUGUAUUUUUUACUUGGAGAAAUAUCCUGAGUACGUAAAUUCGUUUUCUAAAAGUGGUUACACACCAUUCUUAAUCGCAUGUGCCAAGGGAAACACACAGUUAGUCAGGAUAAUGUUGAAAAAAGGUGCAGAUGUAACCCUGAAGUCCAAGAACCAUGAAUCUGCAUUCUACUUAGCAGUCAUACACUGCAUGGCACACCCUCAUUCUCGAAAUGCUUCCUGUAUUCGAGAACUGUAUUAUGCUGGAGCCAACAUAGACGAACCCAAUGACAAAGGUUUAACGCCUCUACAAAUCACAGCCUUCUUUGGACAAACUCCUCUCGUCAUUUGGUUGUUGAGGAAACAUGCAUCUACGAACGUGUUCCCUAGUCCGUAUGCUAUUGCAAAGUCACAAGGACAUCUUGACACCGCAGAUAUUUUGAGCAAAAAAUAUAGACUUUUUGCAAUUCAAUUUUAAGUUUAAUAGGUAUGUUCACUGUGCUAGAAUUCUUCCUCUAAAGACCUGACCAAGUUUCGCCUCGCAGGUUUUAAAAAUGGAUCUUUCAAUGAUGUUGCAUAUGAGCUGGUAAAAAUGAUGAUUAUGUUGCUACUUAUACUUGUUAGAAGACCUCAUUUCUGUAGGUUCAUCAUCAGAAAAUGAGUGCAGAUUUUUAUCUUCAUCUCCUGAACUAGAAUAUGUUACAAACCUAUUUGCUGAGACAAAUCUGAGUGUUUAUGACUCUCAAAAUCAACAAACAUAACCUCAAGAAAUAGUGACUUACUUUACUUUUAUUCUUAACAAAAUAAACGUUUUGUAGAGAAAGAAAACUAGUGCUGCUCAUAGUGACUAAUUAUAGUACUAUUGUAAAAGCCACUUUCACUCUAAAUGGUACUGUCAGGAGAUUUUCAAAAUGAACUUAUUCAUUUUUUGAAAUUUUAUGACUUAUGCCACUUUGAUUCUAACCGGCUCAUAUGUGAUAUAAUAAAUUCAAUAAAUAGAUGUACUUAAUGUUAUCUUCACUACUAUAGUUCUGAAGAUAAUUGGUUUCUUUUGUGAAAGAUGUUUGUGAAAGCAACUAUGAUUUAGGAUACUCUGUAUAUACUGUAUAGAUAAGGUUAGAAAUCUUUGAAUAUUUAUUUUGUUAAUUAUUUUUGAUAUGAAGAUACCGUUUAUUGAAUAAAAACCAUUCCAAAGUAA